AAUUGAAGAAAGUUAAUGUUCAAAAUUUUUAGAAAUAUCGAAAAAGACUCGUAUCGCUUACAAAGAUUGGUAGAAGGAAAGGCUAGAUAAUCCAAAACCGAUGAGUUUAUAGUUUUUUCCAAAAUCAUAUGUCUGAUCAUUGUAAAAUCUGAAUAGAAUUGGAAUUUAAAGUGUGAGUGGAUUAAAAAUAGAAUUUACUAUAUAAAAAAUGUAAAGCAUAUCAAUUAAAUAUAAGGGCUCGAGAUAAUUGCACUUGAGGAUUAUUUUGAAUCUAUUAGAAGGAAUAUAAGAAUAAAAUAGGUGAUAAUUAAAUAGAGGAUUAAAAUCCUGCUUUAAAUAUUAAGGUAAAACUUUACAGAAAGUACUUUAAUAGUCGC